AUGGCAUUUAAUAAAUUCAACGACGAUCCUGAAACUAUUUCGGUUGAUAUUUACAAAGACAAUAAGAAUAGAAGAUAUUUCCAACGUGGUAAAUUAACACAGGUCACCUUAGCCAAUUUCAAAGUUUCACAUCUCAAGGAACAUAUAUGUAAUAUAUAUGAUAUUAAAGAAGUUGAACAGCGUAAAGUGAAACUCUGGAGAGUUAAUGUCGAAGCGGAAAGGAUUGAAAAUAAUAAUAUUUCUACUGAAGAUGAUAUUGUACAUAAACUUGAAGGACAAAAAAUGAGAGAUAAUGACUUGUUUAAUAAGUAUUUUAAAACUGAAUUAGCUGAUCAUAAUAAGAUUCAGGUCCCUCCAAACAAGGCGUUCCACAAGUUAAAACGACCUGAUGAGAAUCAGAAGUCCAAGCUUGUAAGUUCCUUUGGUGCCGAAUUUCCUUUACAAGGACGAGACGAAACUCUUCAAAUAUUACUUAAUGGAAAUCAAACGCGAAAUGGGAUUCGUCAAAGACUUGAUUAUAUCAGGGAAAAAAGAUAUGACAAGCAACUCCAUCAUAUUCCCAUCCUGGCUAAUGGGCCAGGCACAGGGAAAAGUCGAUUCCUCCAAGAACUUCUGACUCUCUUAGAACAAUAUCGCAAUCGCAGUGAACAUGUACUUGGUAAUUCACAAGUAUUAGCUAUAAAUAUUACAUUUAAUACAAUUACUAAUGCAUCAGAUGAAGAUGCAUCUGCUGGUCCAGCAUCGGUUGCACUAAAUUGGAAAACUCUCAAAAUUGAAACUGCGUGUGAUGUUGUUCUUAAGGAUAUUGGUGGCAAUAUAGGUUUUUUUGUCAUUGGAAUCGAUGAGCUAAAUGUCUUGCACAAUCUAGCAAAGGAUAAUCAAAGACCAGUUCGUGACAUCGUUCAUGCUAUCGGAGGCCUAAUUACCAAUUCGAAAAAAAAUUUGCUCUAUGUACCAAUCUUGGCCGGAACAAUUCAAGGUCCUCUUGAGAAAUUUAUUCAGGAAUCGACGUAUGAUCUUUUACGUUUACCGUUCCGUCUUCUUUCAGAUGAAGAAGUAGAGAAAAUUACCUCAUAUAUGAAAGAAGAUCAAGAAUUGGCAGGCUGUAUCAAUCACAACAAAACCUUUCAACGCUUUAUUAGUGAUAUUGGUGGACAACUUGUUAAUCACCGCCUUAAGAAAAAAUAUCCAUUUAAAGAGUUUGCAACUAUUAUGAAACCAGUGGUUGCAUAUGCAAUCCUAAACAUUCCUGUUGAUGAGGAUGACGAAUUUGAAAUUGGUAAUGAUAAAAUCUCUUAUAUUGAUCUCGCGUCAAAGGGCAUUAUAAAUUUGGAGGUUACAUGUGAUGAUCCUAAUAAGUCCUAUGUACGUAUGCCGUAUAUAUGGGUUUGGAUAACAACAUCAAUCAAAGAAUUCAAAGCGGGUCGAUUUUGGGAUGUUAUGAUUAAUCAUAAAUCUCAUACCUUGUGGCAGAGUUUUGAAGAAUUUAAUAUGCGAUUUUGGGUCCUACGUCUUCAACUUUUUAAAGAGUUAAAUGAUUCAGUAACAUUACGAGAUCUCUUCAGAAGUGCAUAUCAUAAUGAUCAAGGAAUCUCUCUUUUUGAUCUUGAAUUUCGGCUCCCUACAGUAGAAAAAUAUUACGUAGAACUUACAAAUCGAUAUCCUUACACAAUGAACAAUGAGCACUUAUUGCUUGGCACAGUAUUUAAGAAUGCCGAAGGAGCCCCAUGGGAUAUCUUUCUUUUUCUGGAUGAUUACCUUAUUGCCAUUCAGGUUAAAUCUUCAAAUGCCACAGCUGGACAGCCCCAAACCUUAUCUAAGAGGAUGGUGGAAAGCGAGUACAAGAAAGUUAAAGAUGCAUUUGAAGUUAUGGAGAAAUCAUUUGAGAGCGAAAGUCCCAUUAAACAUUGGGUCCUUUUCAUCUGCACCAAUGGACCUAAGACAAGAAAUUGUUUGGAAUCUUUAGAAAGAAAUUGUUUCGUAAUAGAUCGUGAAAACUAUAAGCUCUUCUAUGGGUAUACUUUUUCGACCCGUGCUGAAUUUUCGGCAGAUAACGACCAAUUGGAUGCAAAUACUGCGGAGGAAUACGAAUUAAGAACAAUUAGUGGAAUAGGAGAUGCAAUUGCAUCUGCCAUCACGGAUAAAAGACCAUUUGAGGAUGAAAAAGAUCUUUAUAAUAAGGUUAAACAAAUUCCUAUGGAGGCGAGAAAAAAAAUCAAGGUUAUGAAAAAUGAAUAG